AUGGUUGCAGCUGAACGCCUCGACAAGAAGAUGAUUUUACCCAUUUUUGAUUACUGUAAGGUGGCCUGGCACGGGUGUGGAAAAGUUAACCCUGAUGCUCUCGAGAGUUUACAGCAUGGAGCCGCGAAGUUAAUUUUUGGAAAUUCUCGUCUCGAUACUAAACUGGAACUGAAUGAUACCUUCGGUUUAGUGCCUUGGUUAAUAGGUGGUUUUCACGUUACCUCAUCGCCGCCAUGCUGGUGGACGGUAAACAAAAGAUCGCUCAUUAGCUCGCUUUGUUUGUCCACCAGCAUUUGUUCAUUUCACCAUUGUCAUUUGAGUCUCCCGAGAUUGCAUGAAAACCACCUAUAGGCGUAACUCACAUUGUUUUGUGAAAGGUUUGAACCCAGGAGUCAUUUCAAAAGGUUGAGUUUGAUCGUCCGGGUGAACGUAGUCCUGAAUAGGACUGUUGUUGUUGACAGUGACUGACGUUUCGACAACCUGUGCGGUAGUCAUCUUCAGAGUCAAAGUGAGUUGUAUCACGUCAGUUGAUGGUAUCAUACUCUGGUUAUUGAUCUGAUUGGUCAAUUAUGUCGCGAUGUUAUUGGUCGUCUGUCAAAUAAGCCGUGAUGAUAUUGGCUACGAAGACUCGUAAUCAGUGAUUGGUGCGUUUCGAUCCGUCUAUUGUCACAGUUAAACAGUCGUCUAUUAUUAGUCAAAUUGUCAGUUCUCCAGUUGUUCUCUCGUAGUUAGUUUUGCUUGAUCUCGUCAAUAAGUCGUUUGUACGGCGCUGGUAACUGUUGGCUACGAUUCAGUGGCGUUUGUUCUAAGUUAGUAAACCAGCUUUCUAAAGUAAGACGUUGAUAGUAGUCUGUAGAAUACGUUAUACAUGUCGCAGAGUCCCAGUCAAUUUGAUGUUUCGUCUUUAAAUGGUGCUCAGCAAUGUGAUUGUUGACGUCACCAUUACUCGUCGCACGUUUGUGUUCGGUCAGUCGCGUGCUUAGGUUUCUGCCGGUUUCACCAAUGUAAGAAGCCUGGCAGUCGCAGCAUUUGAUCUUGUAUACUGCUCCCUGUCUGUCCUCCGGUUUGUCUUUGUCCUUGAGUAUAAUACCAUCAACUGACGUGAUACAAUUCACUUUGACUCUGAAGAUGACUACCGCACAGGUUGUCGAAACGUCAGUCACUGUCAACAACAACAGUACUAUUCAGGACUACGUUCACCCGGACGAUCAAACUCAACCUUUUCACAUUGUUUUGUUAACAAGAAAAUGCCUUCACGGUUCAGUUCCACCCUAUUUGAAUAAUUAUUUUAAGUUAAAUGCGUCUGUACACUCCGUAACAACUAGACGCUGCAAUGAUAUUCAUAUCCCGAAAGUGAAGCAAGCGGUCGCAAAAAGAUCGUUUUAUUUUACAGGUGCGACGGAAAUUUACAGCCCAACUACUUUUAUCAAACCAAAGAAAUCCUUCCUUGACUUCUCA